AUGUCAGCUUAUUCGGAUGAUGAGGAUCACGAUCCUCAGGCGGAUGAGCUCCGCGAAACCGCCUUGGUGACGCUUGAGGCGUUGAUCAGCUCCUGCAACAAACAAAUGCAGCCAUACCUAAUUAACACUACUCGUUCUGCCCUUCGAUUCCUGAAAUAUGACCCCAAUGUCGCCGAAACGGAGGACGACGAGGAGAUGGGUGGCACUCAAGACGACGGGAGUGAAGACGAUCCUACGGAGGACCCCGACAUGGAUGACGAUUUUGAGGAUUUUGAAGAGGAAGGAGGAUACAGUGAUAUUGACGACAUGAGCUGGAAAGUACGUCGAUGUGCUGCCAAGCUUCUUUACACCGUGAUCUCCGCCUACGGUCGUGCUCGCGCCUCAGACAACUCAGCUCUGUUCCAGCAGAUCGCACCGGCACUGAUCGCACGCAUUAGCAAAGAACGGGAAGAAAGUGUGAAGCUGGAGGUUGUGUCCACAUUGACUGCGCUGGUCCGCAAAACUGGUGAGGGCUCUAUGAUCGUCACUUCCAAUGACUUCCUGGAGGCCGUAGGUGGAACAAAGAACUCUCGCAAGCGCAGACGUCAGGACAGUGAUGCAUCUAUGAUUGACUUUGAGCCGAGUGCUGGCACCUCGUCAGCAGCCGACUCUCCUGCGGUUCCCUCGUCGCCUAAAUCCGGUCCCCAGGCCGAUCUCGCCCGCUCCGUCCCUUCAAUCGUUCAGAACCUCGUCAAGGUGUGGAAGCAAGCUUCAAUCCCCCUUAAACAAGCCGCAAUCAUUCUCCUCAAGACACUUUCAUUGGUCCGCUACGGAGGCCUUGCCAACCACCUUCAACAAAUCGAAGACCUCAUCGCGGACGCAUUGGAAACCUCCUCUCUUUCAGGAAGCACAGCGGCUCACACUGGGGCUGCUGUUAGUGCGGGUACCCUCCAGAUUGAGACCCUAGGUCUUAUCGCAGCAAUUGCCGAGACUCAUCUAUCUGAUGCCCUGCUUCCGUUCCUGAUCGCGCUGGUGCCUGGAGUCAUUGCGGCCGUCAAUGAUCGCAACUACAAAGUCAGCAGCGAGGCGUUGGGCUCUGUCGAACAGAUUGUGAAAGCCAUGACACCCCCUCGUGUCUCUGCCAACGCUACCGAUGUGAACCAGCAGCUGCAGAAGCUCUAUGACGUUGUCCACUCCCGAAUCACCGACACAAGUGCCGACCUUGAAGUCCGCCAACGCGCUAUCCAUGUCUUUGGUGUUAUCAUUGCACGGACUCCAGGAGAACGAGGCUUGGAAUUCGUUUCGGCGGACCGAAGGUCCAAUGGUCUGGAUGUCUUGGUCGACCGAGUGAGGAACGAGACUACCCGUCUAGCUGCCGUUCGCGCCGUCGACGACGUCGUUGUCCUCGCCGAGCGCAAGCAGGAUGCUUCCAGUGAUUGGGUCAACAACGUUGCCGUUGAGCUCAGCUCCAACCUGCGCAAAUCUGAUCGCGCAUUGAGGGGCGCAUGCCUCGAAACUCUUCGCAGUCUUUCGAUGAACUCCAACGUCCGGUCUCAUCUCACCGCUGACACCAUGGUUGUAUUGGAAAAUGCCGUGCUACCCCUUCUCGCGGCAGCUGAUUUCCACACUCUGACCCCGACCCUCAUUGUCAUUGCCAAGCUUGUCCCAGGUAACUCAAAACUACUUGUCAACGAUGCUUUAAUUUCGUCCAUCUGCUCCAUUGUGAAAAAGCCGUUGGUCGGCACUGUUCUCAAGGCUUUGCUUCUGCUGGUUAAGGUGAUUGGCGAUGAAGGCGCCGGUGGUAGCUUGAUGCAAAACCUUCUUCGCGAUGUCGGCAUCACUGGAGAAUCCUCCGUGGUCGGCAGAGCGGUUGGUACACUCUUGGUCCAUGGUGGAUCAAACCUUGGAGUCACCAUGGAUGACUUCUCCACAGAACUGAAGACUGCACGUGAUGACAGCAGGAAAUGUCUCGCCCUUGCUAUUCUGGGUGAGAUUGGUUUGCGAAUGGGCUCUGAGUGUUCCCUGACCCCAGAUCUUUUCAUCCCACACUUCGGCUCGGAUUCGGACCAAGUGCGCCUGGCUGCUGCCACAGCCCUCGGAAAUGCGGCUGCUGGUAGCGUCAAAGCCUACCUUCCCAUCAUUCUCAACGGCCUGGAGAAGUCGAACUCCCAGAGCUACUUGCUUCUUCACUCUGUUCGAGAACUGCUGCAACACCCCGAGGUUGUCCGUCCCGAUCUUGCACCGUCUGCCCACAAGCUAUGGCACGCACUUCUCAUCGUCUCCGAGGAGGAAGAUAACCGCGCCGUGGGAGCUGAAUGUGUUGGCCGCCUCGCACUUCUUGACCCCGUUGCUUAUAUCCCUCACUUCCAAGUAAGCAUACCAUGUGCCCUCCCAGCUUGCUACAAAUUCCCAUUGAUACUAAUUGCUUACUCGCAGGAAUAUCUGGCCAAAUCUGACCCCGCCGUCCGCGGUGUAGUUAUUUCAGCAUUCCGCUACACACUUGCUGAUUCAAGCGAUGCUUACAACGAUGUUCUUCGCCCCCUGAUGGUACCACUUCUGACCAACAUGUUGAGUGACAGUGAUCUGGGCAAUCAUCGUCUUGCCCUGACCACACUCAACUCUGCAAUUCACAACAAGAUGGAGCUUCUCCUGCCUCAUCUCGAUGAACUGCUGCCGGCUGUUCUUGGGGAUACCAAGAUUAAGCCAGAACUUAUCCGUGAGGUACAGAUGGGUCCGUUCAAACACAAAGUGGACGAUGGACUCGAUCUCCGUAAGAGUGCCUACGAAACCCUCUAUGCUUCGCUCGACACCUCAUUCUCCCGCACUCACAUUACUGAGCUCUUCGAUCGCAUUCUCGCCGGUAUCGACGACGAGCAGGACAUCCGCGCGAUUAGCAAUCUUAUGACGUCCAAACUAAUCAAGAUUGCACCGGAGGACACCGAACGCCGUCUGGAUGCUCUGUCGGAGCGUUACAAUGCUGUUCUGUCGUUCAAGCCCAAGGACAAUGCCGUCAAGCAAGAACUUGAAAAAGCCCAAGAGGCAUCUCUGGGAAUUCUGAAGAUUACCAGCGAGCUGAGCAAAACCUUCCCCGGCGCGGAGUCCUCUGGCGAUCUCCACCAAUGGAAGGCCUAUAUGGACUACGUGCGCAAGAACUUCAGCCAGCAAUAUGCCUCUUUGGAAAAUGACUUCUGA